AUGGCCACCCUGGCACCGCCCCCCAGCAAACGCCAAAAGAUCGCUGCAGAAGAGAAGGCAGAAAAGGCACUCGAAGGAUCAAAAAUACCAGAUAACCUGGGCGGCGUGAGGGUGCAAUUUGUCGACCAGAGCACGGGAAAGUCGACGGGACCGGUGGUCUCAGUUCCUGUGAAAGAUGCCACGGUCAAGAACCUCGAGGCGCUGCUGAAUACCAUACAAGGCAAUGAGCCCACCGAGAAAUUGCCUUACCGCUUCUUCUUCCAAAAUGAUCGAAAUCGGAUUCCCAACGACGCUGAGCAUACCAUUUCCGAGGUGGAAACGGACUUGUACAACUCCAUCCUCAAGCCCGGUUUAAAAACCACUGAAGACCAUAUCAUCCUCCAGUUCACUCCUCAAGCGGUAUUUCGAGUCCGCGCUGUUUCAAGAUGUUCCGCGUCAAUAGCAGGGCAUGGGGAACCUAUACUCGCAACUGCAUUCUCGCCGGAAACAUCUUCUAGGAUGGCCACGGGUAGUGGGGACAAUACCGCACGAAUAUGGGACUGCGACACCGGAACACCAUUGCAUACCUUGAAAGGACAUACAAGCUGGGUUCUUGCCGUGUCAUGGUCUCCCGACGGCAAAAUUCUUGCCACGGGAAGCAUGGAUAACACCGUGCGACUAUGGGAUCCAAAAACGGGAGCAGCUCUCGGUGGGCCUCUGAGAGGGCACACGAAAUGGAUCACAAGCCUUUCAUGGGAGCCAUACCACAACCAGGCACCUGGUAACCCGCGAUUGGCGUCAGCCUCAAAAGACGGCACGGUCAGAAUAUGGGACAUACCGCUACGCAGGUGUGAGCAAACUCUUUCCGGGCACAAGGGAUCCGUGGCUUGUGUGCGAUGGGGCGGGCUUCACCGAGUAUUCACCGCCUCCCAAGACAAAACGAUCAAAGUAUGGAACUCACGAACGUGGAAUUGUUUACAUACAUUAUCUUCACACACCCACUGGGUCAAUCACCUUUCGCUCUCUACAGACUUCGCCCUAAGAACAUCCUAUCACGACCACACGGGCAAAGCCCCGUCAUCAACUCAAGACAAGAUCGAGAAAGCGAAGAAGCAAUUCGAAGAAGCGGCACGCCAGGGAGGCGAGCUGGUCGAAAGACUCAUCUCCGCAUCGGAUGACAACACCAUCUUCUUGUGGGAACCCUCGUCCUUCGACCCAGAUUCGAAGGCAACGCCCAAGCCUAUUGCACGCUUAUUAGGCCAUCAGCAGCAGGUUCUCCACGUGUCUUUCUCCCCCGAUGGCCACUACAUUGCCUCAACCAGUUUCGACAACAGCGUCAAACUGUGGAACGCCAGAGACGGGAAAUUCAUCUGCACCUUACGGGGUCACGUGAGUUCCGUGUAUAUGUGCGCGUGGUCGAGUGACAGCAGAUUGCUGGCAAGUUCGAGUAAAGAUACCACUGUUAAAGUGUGGGAUGUGAGGACGGGCAAGUUGAAGAUGGACUUGCCGGGACAUAUGGACGAGGUUUUCGCCUUGGAUUGGUCGGUUGACGGGGCCUGCGUGGCCAGUGGUGGAAAGGACAAGCUUGUCAAGGUGUGGAAGCAUUGA